AUGUUGCCCAGCUUAUUGCCAUUUGAGCGGCUGCAUGUAACCGUUCUAGUUAUUGCAUGCUAUUUGGCAGUAAUCAUUUCCACGGUUGUCGUGCAGGAGAGACUUCCGCGUGCCCCUUCACGUCGGGGAAAACCUGGCUUGAAUCUCGAUGAGGCAUGGUCAGACCUGCAAGAGAUUGCACAAGUUCCUCACCCGUUCAAUUCCCACACCAAUGACGAAGUUGGACUCUACAUUGCAGGCAGACUGCAAAACAUUCAAGGAGAGAACGAUUUUAUAACACUUGACCUGAAACCAACUACAAACGCGUCAUGGUAUAUGCCCCAAGACUCUUCCGUCACAUACGUAGAAAGUCGUAAUCUGGCUAUCAAGUUUGAAGGAUCCAAGUAUAACGACUCUGCUAUCUUACUUACUGCACACUAUGACACGUCCGCAUUAGCACCUGGAGCCACAGACGAUUCCAUCGCCGUUGCCUCGUUGUUACAGACGGCAGAUUAUCUAGCAAAUAACCAGCCAGAACGCACAAUAAUAAUUCUAUUUGACAAUGGAGAAGAGAAUGGUCGACAUGUAAGGUCUUUUAUCAAUCUUGAAGGAGCAGGUUGUGGCGGACGGCCUAAUUUGUUCCGCGCCUCCUCUCCCCAAAUCACGAGAGCGUUCGCUUCCACGACCCAUCCUCACGGUUCCAGUCUCGCUUCGGAUGCAUUUUCUCUCGGGCUCAUUCGUUCCGCAACCGACUUCUCUAUAUAUCAAGAUGCAGGAAUCGCGGGUGCGGACUAUGCAUUUUAUAUGAGAAGGCAAAAGUACCAUACGAUGGAGGAUAACAUUCCCAACCUCCGUAACCGACGGUCUCUAUGGUCCAUGAUGGAGAAUCUUUACUAUGUAGUGGAAGUUAUUGCGAACCAACCUGACUCUCAGGAGUCAGAUGCUACCCGAUUCGUCUACUUUGACAGUGAGUCCGGCCUUUCAGGCUAUUUCCCUAGUCUGACAGCGAGCAAUAUGUUUGUCAUACUCUUAGGACACUCCCUACACAAGAGCAAGAAACUCUAUCUGGGAUGGAGAGGAUGGGGUAGAUUCCCUGCAGCACUUGCCAUAGGCAUUUUGGGUGGCGCCAUCUGUGCUGGAUUAAUCACCGAGUGGAAUCCUAUGGUAGCGUCUAUAUUCUGCUUCGCCGCAUUAGGUCUUCUUCUCCCACUCUACCUUGCUGAUUGGUGGAGGCCAGUCUCCAUCCAGCGAGCGCAAGUGCUUGUCGAGUUGCUUGUAUUCUGGUGGGUCUUAUCUGCGAUAAAUCUCGUCUUGAUGGGCCGUAAUGCACUCUCUGGUGCCUAUUUCAUUACCUUCUUCUACGCGGCUACUCUUGCAACAACCAUCGUCACGCUCUUGGACAUGCAUAGGCUCAAUCGCAAGUCAGCUACCGAGGUGACUCCACUCAUACCACGAGCAGAAGAGCUGUUGGCGACUCACAGGCUAGGAGACGACCAGCUCGGCUGGAUCUGGACUCUAGAGUUUAUCCUACUUGCCGUCUUCCCCGCCAUCCUUAUGCUGCAAAUCUUGUUUGCGCUACUAGCCGCACUAGGGCCAACAGUCACUGAUGGUUCCAAGCCUUCGAUGGUUUAUAUCAUCAUCACCGGCUCGAUAUUGUUAACCUUGCUACCAAUCACUCCUUUCGCACACAAACUACACCCAAGCGUUUUCGCAGCACUUCUCCUCCUUGGAAUCGCAACUACAGCCUACAGUAGCCUAGAAUUUCCAUUCACACCGGAAAAUUCCUUCAAAACGCUAUACUGGCAAUCAGCUGAUCUUAACGCGGGGAACAGCACUAUCACACUCCUAGGGGUCCGCCCUUAUCUACAGCGAGUACUCAAGCAAGUGGGCUCCAUAGACUAUGAUAAAGUUGAGUGGAGGAAAGCGAAUAUAUCGGGGUUAGCAGAGGCCAAAUUUACGGGUCUCGUGCCUCGCUCUGUUCCAGACGAAAAAAUGUCCAAUUGGGUCAAUGUGACGCUAGAGAGGUCAAGUCCUUCCAGUGUACUUUUGCGUAUAUCUGGUGUCGAUACCAGAGCAUGUCGACUCUACUUUGAUGGAGGGUACAACGUCUCUCAAGUUGUCGUUCGCGGGCAAAAUACCGACGGGUAUGAUCUCCCCUCGUCCUUCCCCAUCAAAACAGUGAACUUGUGGAGUCGAAGCUGGAGCCGUACCUGGGAAGUGGACAUAGAGCUCGCGGCAUUGGGAUCGUCUGAGACUCCCUCCAAUGCAAACGUCUUAACUGGUAGAGCCUCAUGCGUGUGGUCGGACCGAGCAAAAGGGAAAGUCCCUGCACUUGAUGAUUUGUACGUACGCUUCCCUACAUGGGCCACAAUGACAGCGUGGCGUGGAGGAUUGGUGGAAGGGUGGAAAUCUUUCAGCAUAUGA